AUGCUAAGGGCAAUCAAAAUAGAAAAUACCUUUGUUUUUAAAACAAACAAUAGUUUUAUAGAUAUACCACCCUGUACCGAGUUUUUAAUAUUUGAUGAUGAAUUUAAUAAAGAAAUACCUCAAAACUCACUCCCAGAAGAAAUAAAAUGGAUAAUAUUUGGAAAUAGUUUUAAUCAACUCCUAGAUGUUAAUGUAUUGCCCAAAAAACUGGAAAAAAUAGAGUUUGGAGAAAACUUUAACCAACCCAUAAUGAAAAAUGUUAUCCCAAAUUCAAAUAUUUGGAUGAUUACAAUUGGCAAAAAUUUCAGUCAAACAAUAGAAAACAUUCCAGAUCUAGGAUAUUUUAUCGUUGACAAAGAUAAUCCCAACAUGGAGUAUUUUUUAAAAAAUAAUCCUCAAAAUCAUUGUAUUGAGUAUAGAAAAAAUUAUAAGACUUGGUGGGAAAAAAAAAUAAAUUCUUUUUAUUACAACUAAAUUGUUUUUUUUAAAAAUUUUAACGCAUUAAAUAAAUUUAUUUAUUUUUAU